AUACACACACACUGAUAUUAGUUAGAGGAAAUCCUAUUUUCAUUAUUCCAGUAGAGCAAAGUGUUUUUUCGCUUAAUACGUGAAGAAUAAUUAUGUCAAAGUCAACAAGUAAUAAAUAUAACAUUAAAGAAAGUGGAUCAGAUAAUGCUAAUCCUUCACAGUCAGAUCAGCUUGUUUUCACUUCUAGUCAAGUCACUUUAAAAGCAUUUGGUAGCAAUAAUUCUGGUGAGGUAUCAACUGAUGACCUGCCUAAACUUUGUGCACCUGGCUCUCGUUUAAUACCGGCUGAAAGUUUGACUAACAGUGAUAGUACUUCAAGCUAUAAAAGUCGGGAGAAGCGUCGUUCUAGUGUUCUAAUUGACAAACGAGCCUAUCAUCAAAAUCAGCAUCCCUCUUUAUCCUCGAUUUCAUCUGGUCAAGAUGACUCAUCAUAUACUGGAUCUAGUUCAGAUGAUGAAGAAGAAAGUCAACAGCAUGAAAGUCCAAAGGAGCGUUAUUUGAAACCUGGACUUAGAGCUGUAAACUCUAGAGGAUUUAAUGAUUUCUGUGUUCAAAAAAUUCGUCAAGCUUCUUUUGGACGUAGAGAAAUCGAAAUAGCUGAACAAGAGAUGCCUGGUUUGAUGGCACUUAGAAAGCGUGCGAAAACCGAUCAACCAUUGAAAGGAGCCAAGAUUCUCGGUUGUACACAUGUGACUGCACAUACAGCUGUACUACUUGAAACAAUGGUCUGUCUUGGUGCUCAAGUACGAUGGUGUGCUUGUAACAUAUAUUCAACACAGAAUGAAGUAGCAGCUGCGUUAGCAGAAUCCGGUUUUCCUGUGUAUGCAUGGAAAGGUGAAACUGAAGAAGAUUUCUGGUGGUGUAUUAAUCGUUGUAUAUGUGCUGAAGGUUGGAUACCCAAUGCAGUUUUGGAUGAUGGUGGUGAUUUAACUCAUCAGCUGCACAAAAAUUACAAAGAGUUAUUGUCUGGUAUAUGUGGUAUAGUUGAAGAAAGUGUGACAGGUGUUCAUCGUCUUUAUCAGUACGUGAAAUCUGGCACAUUAGGAGUGCCAGCUAUGAAUAUUAGCGACAGUAUAACCAAGUCAAAAUUUGAUAAUUUCUAUCUAUGCAAAGAAUCAAUUGUUGAUUCUCUUAAACGAACUACAGAUAUGAUGAUCAGUGGUAAAACUGUAUUGGUAUGUGGUUAUGGUGAAGUUGGAAAAGGCGUUUGUCAAGCGUUGAGAGGGUUAGGAGCUUUCGUCUGUAUUUCAGAAAUAGACCCAAUCUGUGCACUCCAAGCUUGUAUGGAUGGUUAUCGUGUUGUAAAAAUUGACGAAGUUAUACGUUCUGUGGAUAUUGUGGUUACAUGCACAGGAAAUAAAGGUGUCAUUACUCGGGCUCAUAUGGAUCAAAUGAAAAAUGGUUGUGUCGUAUGCAAUAUGGGCCAUUCUAACACUGAAAUCGAUGUUCGAUCUCUUCAGACGCCUGAUUUAACUUGGGAACGUGUUCGAUCACAAGUGGAUCAUGUUAUUUGGAUGGAUGGUAAACGUAUUGUUCUUAUAGCUGAGGGUCGUUUGGCAAAUUUAAGCUGUUCAACUGUUCCAUCUAUUGUUGUUUCUGUUAGCGCCUGUACUCAAAUAUUGGCUUUGAUUGAAUUGUACAAUGCUCCUGCUGGACGUUAUAAAAGCGAUGUGUAUUUAUUACCGAAAAAAAUGGAUGAGUAUGUAGCAACAUUGCAUCUUCCACUAUUUAAUGGUCGAAUAACCGAACUCACUGAUGAGCAAGCUCGAUAUUUAGGUGUAAAUAAAACAGGACCAUUUAAACCAAGUAAUUAUAAAUACUGAACUUGUUCUCACUCGUCGUUUCUGUUCAUGCAAUGAUUGCUGUUAUAUUCAUUUGAAAAUGUCUUCCUGUUUAUAGUUUAGCACAUAUGUGUUGCAUCAAUUUGAUUUCUAUAAAAAGUGUAUUAGAUUGUUACAUCUAACGUGCUCUAAAUCAAUAUACUGAAUAAUGAACAUUUUAUCAUCUUACUUUGUUUACUCUCAUAUUUUUUUUAUUUACAUUCCAAUAAUUAAUUUGUAUAAGAGUUGCUUUGCAUUAUCUAGUAAAUAAUUAAUUUUGAUUUAUAUACAUAUAUAUUAGUUUGGUGAAUUUUCACAAUCAUACUGUUUUCUGCUUCAUAAAUACACUAGUUUAUCAUAGUUAUCGAAACGUUAAUCAUUUCAGAGUGUUUACCUUAAGCUUCAUGCUGAGUAACAUAUUGUCUUUCCUCAAAUUGAUUUUUGUGGUAAUAUCAUCUUGUAUUCUUUUGAAUGUAAUUUCUCUUGCUCUUACUAGUAUUGUUCUUUUUUAAUUAGACAAGCAUGAAUAAUUAAUUCAUUAUUGCGGUUAUUCUGGUUGAUUUGUAUUUCUUUACUAUGUAUUAUUUUUGUAUUCUUUUCCGUAAUAACCUGUCUUGCAAUUUUCAUUGAAAUAUCAACUUUUUUCAUUCUUAAUAUACAGCGUUUUGUUUAACCUUUUGUAGAAUAUAGAAUGAUAGUUAUGUAUAAAUCCUGUCGUUUGUUUCGUCUAUAUCAUACUUGAAUCCUUUUCAUUUAUUGAAAAUAUGAUUCUGCGCACAUUCGCAUUAAAUUCAUAGUAAUUGCAGUAAGAACUUACUAAUUUAUUUGUAUCCGCAUAUUCUUGGAGAUAUGUAACUGUAAGAAAUUUGACAUUAAUUAAUUUACAGUGUUGAUAUUUAGAUUUUAUUUAUUUUGAACUUGAUGAUUUUCAGUCAGCUUACAACAAGCGACGCCGAUUGUGUUAGACAGUUUGCUGAUAUGUCAUGUGAACGCAACACUAAGGAGCAGUUGAUAUACUUUUAAAAGUAUUGGUUAUAUACUCGUCUGCCAAAUAAUUAUGAGAUAGUUCCAUGUCUGGUGGUUGGUAGUAGAAUUCGGAUAUUAGCUUGUUCAAUUACUUAACUGUGCAAACAUUAUGAUGACAAGUAUUUCAACUACACAUUUUCAAAUCUAGAAUUAGUAUCCCAACUUCG